AUGAUGAUCGUCAUAAUCCCCAUGAUUUCGAAUGCCGAAACCCCAACAACUCUUUUGAAAAAAAAAGUGUUUGAAUUAACAAAUGAAGCACGUGAAGAAAGUGGCUACUAUGAUGACACUUGGUAUCCAGCCGUAAAGGAACUUGGAUGGAAAGAUGAUUUGGAAGAGGCUGAAAUUCAUCAUGCUAAAGAUAUGCUUUAG